UUGAACAUGAAGAGUUGAAAAAAGCAGUAAGAAAGAUGUUGAAUACUACAUCAACAAUGGAUCAUAAACUUCGAUUAAUCGACGCUGUCCAGCGAUUAGGCCUGAGUUAUCACUUCGAGAGUGAGAUUGAAGCCGAGUUAUCGAACAUGACGAUCUCGUCUCCCGUUCCCGACCCCAUCGCUAAUGAUCUCAGCUCAGCUGCGCUCUGGUUCCGUCUCCUCAGACAACAAGGCUUCUAUGUCUCCACAGAUAUUUUGGAGAAUUUCAAGGACGGCAACGGGAACUUCGAGACAUCGUUGGUCUCCGACGUGCCAGCAAUGCUGAGCUUGUACGAAUCGUCGUUUCUGGCCGUACCGGGAGAAGAUGUCUUGGAUCAAGCAAGGGCCUUCACUACCCAAAACCUAAUCGGCUCGUCGGCAUCGUCGGCGGCGACGGAGAUUGUAAGCUUUGCCCUAAACAGGCCCAUCCGAAAGCGCCUGCCGAGGCUAGAGGCGAGGCGUUUCAUCGACACCUACCAGGGUAACGAUUCGCUACUGAGGCUUGCGCAGCUGGACUUCAAUAUCAUCCAGCAGCAGCAUCAGGAAGAGCUGCGUGGGAUCCAGGAGUGGUGGGGGAGUUUGGACGUGCCGACCAACUUCUGGUAUGCGCGAGACAGAAUUGUGGAGUGCUACUUUUGGAUCAUGGGAGUGUAUUUCGAGCCCAAGUACUGCGUAGCCAGGAGACUGCUCACCAAGUUCAUAGCCAUCAUGUCUCUGACGGACGAUACUUACGAUAACUACGCUACGGCCGAACAGCUAGAGGUUCUCACACAGGCCAUUGAGAGUUGGGACAACAAUCUCAUAAGUGGACUUCCAGGGCCCAUGAAGAUGCUUUACGGCUUAUAUGUGUACAUUUUCGACGAAUUUGAACAGGCGGUCUCAGGAGAAGGAAGGUCUUUCGGUGUACGUUACGCGAAGAGAGAACUAGACAGAGCGCUCAAGGCGUUCUUAAUGGAAGCUAAGUGGAGGGAUGCAAACUACUUCCCGACGCUAGAAGAGUACAUGCAAGUUUCGCUCGUCACCACCGCCUAUCCCUUGCUCGUAACCGUUUCGUUCCUCGGCAUGGCCGGCUCCGACGCCGCCGCGGAGGAGGACUUUCAGUGGAUCGCCGGGGAACCUCAAAUGCUCGUCGCCUCCUCAACCGUCUGCAGGCUGAUGGAUGACAUCGUCUCCAGCAAGUUGGAGCAAGAGAGGAAGCACAUCCCGUCGGCCGUGGAAUGUUACAUGGAGAAACACAAGGUGGCGGAGGAGGUGGUGGUGGAGCUGUUCAGGGAGCGGGUUGACAAUGCGUGGAAGGACAUAAACAAGGAGUUCUUAAGGCCGACGGCGGUGGCUAGGCCGCUGCUGGAUCGGGUUCUGAAUUUGACGAGGGCAAUUGAUGAGAUCUAUAAGGACGCUGACACCUACACCGACUCGUAUUUGCUCAAGGACCACGUCGUCUCCACUCUCAAGGAACCUGUCUUCAUUGCUAUCUGAGGAGCAUGCAUGUACUAAAUUUGUGUGUUUGUUCUAGCAUAUAUCAUGAUUGUGUUUCUUUACAAGAAUAUUUCAUAAUGAUGAUGAUGAUGAUUCGGAC